AGCGGAUCUUCUCCCCUCUGUAGCUUUACCCACCGCAAAAAAUUUUGAUCUCGAAACGUCAAAAGUGGAUCAAUACAAGGUCUUCAUCUCGAGCAGGUGGAAUUCGGUCGUUGGGACUUCUGUAGAAGGCGCGCAUUGAGACGCCUACUGCUCUCUGCCGAGCAGAGUAGAGAAUUGAGAUCUGCACGCUGCCUUCCGAGCUUUCUGCUCACCCGCCGAAUGGCCAAGCAUCAAAAGGGAUAACCUACAAAUGUCUUUCGGAACAACCACAGCAACACUCUUUUUUGGAGCGUAGUUUCGAAGAACGCGAUCUGCGUUCGAAUUGGAAGUAAAAGCGAAGGAGCAUUUUCAUUCUGCUUGCUGUAAGUAAACGAAAAACUGUGACUGCUAAACAUAUUCCCUUGCUAAAUAUAUUCUAAACAUAUUCCCUUGCGAAAACUGUGACUGCUAAAUAUAUUCCCCCUGCUAUCCCUUGCUAAAUAUAUUCUUUAUACUGUCUUAUCCUCUUUGCUAUUUUUACUUCGUUUUCUGAUUCAUUGUAGAACAAAAUUGGAAAACCCACAGCAAAUCAGGGCCAGAAAAGAACGCUUUUAUUUACUUUUACAUCUCGCCUACAGAUAACACGCUGCUCCUUGUGUCGAGCCGUUUCUUCAAGGCAGCGCGAGUAAGUGUUUUAAAAGAGCAUAACUAUGGCGUCCCUCUUUCGUCGCGUACUUGCCGCGGCCGGGGCUGGUAUCUCUCUCCACUUGCGCAGAGAAUUACUAUUCAGCGCAGUCCUGCUGGGCGGGCGUGGUGCUUUUGAAACCUCUGGGAUGAAUGCCAGCCACUCUACUCGCCCGUUCGUGGUUGCUGUCCAGGUGCGGCCAUCUUGGAAGCCAAGUUUGUGGCGGCCAUCCCGUUUGUGGUUGUUUCCGGGAGGCGGCCCAAGCCCACUUACGUGCAUGAUAGACAGCAAGGAUCUGGCGGGGGCAAAAGAAAACUUUUACGAAAUGUUGCAACACGAGCGUCCUCGUCUACCCACGGAGUAUGAGUACACGGAAUUGCGAGACGCACUUUUCAAAAUAGGGGAUCGGACUGGUGCGCAGAACUUGUUCGAUGCCGUGCAAAAUGAGGGCGAGGAGUUUCGCAACCGCAAGGCCUGGGAAAGUCCGAAGAGCGGAAAACCAGAGGCGCAGGGUGGCGCGUCGCCGAAGCCGUGUCGCGAGCAACUGGCGGAGCCCUCCGUUUUUACGCCAGGGAACGCCGGAGCUGUGGGAAGAAGCGCUCCUCGUGCUGAUGGAGAUCCUCAGGGAAAAGCAGGGUGGAAAGGUCAGGAAGAGAGCAUGCUGGCGCAACAGAUGCAAUCCGGCGAGUGGUAUAUCGGAUGCGGCCGGCCGGAGCCGGGGACGAGAGUAGGCAAAAGCUUGCUCGCUAACCUGCAUUCUAGUAAAAGAUAAAGACUUUUUUGCAUUUGCUUACCUCCUUCGUGGCACUUCGCGGGAUUCUAUUUAGCAGAAUCCCGUGGCCAUGAGGUGGAUGAGGGUUAGGAAAAGGAGGCUUUAUAAUGUUGUUUGUGACGUUGCAAUCCGUGUUCUGUUAAUUUAAAUUCGAAAGAAUGACUGACAACUGAAAUAAGGUAAUGUCGAGGAGGGCUCCGAGGUUCGCGUUUCUCGUCCGGGGGACUUGAUUUGCACGACCGUCCAUGUCUUCGAUCCACAAGGCCAAUCGCGCAAAGUAUUAAGCAACAAGCUCGCCCAGUAUUGCGUGUUGGAAGGAGAGGAGUGCGUGUUUCAUUCCGAGCGGGCAACCAGGGAAACCCGGAACGCUCUCAUCCACAUUCUGGAAAUGCAUGAGAAGGAAGCCUACCUUAUGCUAUUAAAUGCCUACAGCGAAACAGGCGACGCGGUUGGCGCGCGACAGGUGUUGGAAGAUAUGAAGGCCGCGAAAAUCGAGCCAGAUGCGCGGACCUACAACUCGUUACUGGACGCCUACGGAAGAAGAGGCGACUGGGAGGGCGUGACAGACGUGCUGCAACAAAUGAAGGCCGCGAAAAUCGCGCAAAAUGUCGCCACGUGCAACAUCUUCGUCGCCGCGUACAUAAAAGGCGGCGACAUGGACAGCGCGCGGCUGGUGCUGGAGGAAAUGAAGGACGCGGGCCCCGCGCCGAAUGUGAUCACUUACCACACCCUAGUGAGCGGACAUGCUGACGCUGGCGACGUUGAGGGUGUGAAGGGAGUGUUGGAAGAAAUGAGGGCCGCGGGUAUCGUGCCAAACGCCGCCACCUACGACGCGCUGAUGAAUAAAGCGCACAUAGAGAAAUAUAAGCGAGACUGCAGCGUUGCCCGCGAGGGUAUCGAACAGGUCUUGCCGGGGCGGGGAGAGACCAGUGCAAAAGGGAAAAAGAAAAGGGGAAACUCUGUAGAACUAAUUCCCAAGGCGGGAGAUGUGCACGCCGCUUGGGGACAGCCGCCAGUGCGGAGUCAAAGUACGCCCCUAGGACGACAGAGACAACGCAAGCCUUCGGGCCCUCCAUCGGCCCGAGCGGCGGCUGGAGAAUCAGAGAGGCGCUCAUCUCGAGGUCACCGCAGCCGCACCGCCGUUUCUUCAGUUCCGCCGGCCUCAAAAACAGGAGCAGAUCAUCCAGAACAGAACGACAUCCGCCGAGAAAAGGUGUCCCGGUUUCGGGGAGCUACUCCUCGCCGGGGCCGAGGAAGGGGCCGAGGACAGGGCAGACGCUCGCCCUCGCGCCCGGUGCCUAAACGGCCGGCCGCUGCAUCUGUAUUUGUUGAUGCUAGUUCGGCAGCUGGUGCUGGUCCGGGUGGAAGUAAUUCCACAAAUGGCGCGGCCGGGGUGGUGGAAGGAAUACACGACCCGGCUGUCGGAUUUUUUUGGGACAAGCAGCAAAAUCAGGAGCCUUGGCACCACGACACUCAGCCUUGGCCGCAGCCUCCGCAGUGGAUGACGAACGACAACUACACUGGUCCGCCCGCGUUUUAUGGUUGUCAGGGUUUUCAGAAUUGCAUGGUGAGCGCUACUGCGGGCGACCACCACGACUACUGGAACCCUCGCGACGGUACAAGGACGCUUGGCCAUUUUGUAUGGGACGGCUAUAAUCGGGGCCUCGAAGGAGCGGCGCAGCAGCAGCUGGUGCAAGCGGGGGAGCCCGUAGGGGGUCCGCAUUACGUACCGCAGGAGCAGCUGAUGGAGAACCUACUAACCAUUCUGACAACGGAUCUUCCACCAAAAAAGCGAGAGUGGAAGUCUCACUUUGAUGUUCCGCUUUUAACAGGAGCACUUUGUGAAUACAGCCGGCAAGAGUGUGCCGAUAGUGAAGACUGCGACGUAACGAAGGCGACGGCGCAGAUGGAAGGGUCAGACGAGCAACUUCACACUUAAGGUCUGAAUGCAAAGAAGCAAAACGCGGUCUCCAGCUGGUUUGGCUGUUUUGGUGCCGCCAGAGGCCUUAUAUCGAUUUUUAGUGGGACGGCUCUACUUUGUUUUCCUUGUCUCUAUAGCUCUUUUUUUCUAUCUUGUAGCUAUAGGCCACUUUUCUUUCUUUUUCUUGUUCUAUUGCCACCGCGGAUGGUAUUGUCAAGCUAGCAUGUUUAUUCUAGCAAAGCGCCUACCUUUGGUGCCAUACCAUCCCGCUUCAGGAGUAUUUUUAGCGAAAGCCCAUGUCUUAAAACUUAAGCCUAAGCGUCUGACAGUUUUUGUCAAUAAGAAUAAACGCAAUCAUCAUCAAUUUCACACUUGCGCUUACCAAUUUACUAUCCAGCUUGCUUGGUACGUUAUUUCUGUCUCUUUAUCCCAAAGAACUGUAGAUUGUAGAAAAAAACAGACUCCCAAGUUUUCAAAGGAAAAGGCUUCAUAGUUCUUUCUCACUUACAGGACUAGAAAGCACUCUUGCCACCAUAGUUCUUUCUCACUUACAGCACCACGUGAAAGUGGCAGAAAGAUUCCCUCUCUCUUCAGCCUAGCGCCGUGGCAACUUCAGACCCAAAGUCAACAAAGCACUAUUUUUGGAAGGCUCUAGUCCACGCACUAUUUUUGGAAGUUAGCAAAUGAUCUGUAGUCCAAGCACUAGCUUUGAAUUGAAAGGCUCAGUUUGUCAGCAGCAAGUCCAAUUUUUAGAAAUUUCAGGCUAGUCAAUCUGUUAUGCAAAAUUAUUCGAGCAAGCGAAUGCGCUCAUUAAUGUCGGCAAUAACGCGGAGGACGGAAGACGGGAUGAUGACAAUUAUGGAGACUAUUUUGAACAACAAAGUGAUGAGGUGGUGAUGGAAGAACAUGCUCUUUCUGAAGAAUGCAAAUCUGUGAACUCAACCAACGCAGUUCGCUGCCACCAAGAAAGUCAGUCGCAUGCUGAGGAGGCGUCUCCUCUUGUUUG